AUGUCGUUAUUCCCUAAGGUUCUGUCUCAGACUCUCUGUUCGGCGCUUAAUUAUCAUCCAUGUAUUCCAAAACUUAUGUCGCUGGUGCCGGCCUCAUCAGCCCUCAGCCCCAUAUAUCCACCUGCCCACCCAACCUCUCCACUUGGGUAUCUCAGAGCAUCCGUUCAAACCAGCAUGCCUCCAUCUGCAUCACCCCCUUCAGUUCCUUUGUCUCGGGGAUUAGUGCCAACACCCUGCAGUUACCAAGCUGGAAAACUUCUUCAGAAAGUUUCCUGACAAUUGCCAGUCCAGGAAUGAUCACCAAGACCCACAUAGGAGACCUGGGCCUUCGACUUCCAGAGAAAAACAAGAAGAAGAAGGUGGUGGUUAAAGAACCAGAGGCUCAGUACUUGGUUUUGAACAGUAACAGUUAUAACACUGAGGUCUGUCCCACCACAGCCAUAUCACCCACGAAGAGUGUGAUCCAGGGGCAGGCACCUGAGAUCCCUCUAGUGAAGAAAAAGAAGAAGAAGAAAAAGAAGGAGCACAGCACCGUCUGUGAGGAGCACCUAGAACCUGAGACCACGUUCCGUGCCAGGCAGACAGAGAAGUCUCCCAGCCCCAGGACACAGGCUCUCGCUCCACCCAAGUUCCUCAAUGGGGAGAAGAAAAAGAAGAGGAAGUCCUCAUGGCCUCUGGCUCUGUCUCCUGGUGUGAGGGUGAAGACCUCCCUGGACCCCAGACAGGUCGAGGAAGUGACCAGAGUUGGCAGAAAGCUCAAAAAACACAAGAAGGAGAGAAAGGCCCAGGAGGUUGCAGCCUUCUCGGCCAGGGACACCCUGCACGCAUGCUCAGUGGGAAAGGAUGACCAGCAACGGGCAGCCUUGGGGCAGAAGAGGAAGCAGGGAGGCCCCAGGGAACACAACGUGAACAAGAAGAAGAAAACGAAAACCCACCAGGAGGAAGACACCUCCCUUGGCCACCCCAAGCCCUCCAGGUCCAUGGAGAGCAGCCCUAGGAAAAGAUGUGCAAAGAAGCCAGUCAAAGGUGAGGCUUCAGAGUACAUCCCAGUAGGAGACAGCCUCAAGGCCCCUGCGAAGAAGAAAAUGAAGCCCACUAAAAGGGCUGAGGAGCCAGGCACUGAGGAGCCAGCUCUGAAGAGGAAGAAAAAGAAGAGGAGGAAGGAGAGCAAAGUAGCAGAACUUUGGAAGGAGGAGCCUGACACAGACCUAGAGGUGGUGCUGGAGAAGAAAGGCAACAUGGACGAGGCACACAUAGACCAGGUGAGGCGAAAAGCCUUGCAGGAAGAAAUUGAUCGUGAGUCAGGCAAAACGGAAGCCUCUGGAACCCAGACGUGGACAGGCACUCAGUUUGGCCAGUGGGAUACUGCUGGUUUUGAAAACAAGGAACAGAAGCUGAAAUUUCUCAAACUUAUGGGCGGCUUUAAAAAUCUGUCCCCUUCCUUUGGCCGCACCCCUGACACGACCAGGAGGCCUAACAUGGCGCUGGACAGGACGGCGGCCAGCAGCCUGCAGCAGAGCCUGCAGCAGGACUACACGCGGGCCCUGAGCUGGAAGCAUGGCGGGCGCACGGGCCUUGGCUUCGCCGCCCCAAACAAAGUCUUCUAUAUCGACAGGAACGCUUCCAAGUCCAUCAAGUUUGAAGAUUAAACUCUACUGUCUUGUCUCCUGAGUCAAAAUUGCUUUUGUUACUCAGUUACGCAGAUGAGAGCCUCUGACCAGCUCCUGCGAAGGUUAAGGAAGACUGGAUGUGCUGGACGGCCUGGGUGGGGGCAGCACAUGGUUCAGGAGCUGAGAAAACAUGCGAGUGGCCAAAAUCCACUAUUUUCUGUACUAAGCCCUCCGUCCCUGAUUGAAGACACCACUGUGUAUAAAUAACAGCUGUUUGUUGAAGACUUAGAUGUGCCAGACACAUACUAAUAUGUCUUACUUGCAUUGAUGUAUUUAAUUUUAACUAUGCAAUAGGUGCUGUUUUUAUCCCCAUCUUAAUGGAUGAGGAAACUGAGGUUCAGGGAUGAAGUAAUAACUGUCCAGGGUCACCCAGCCACUAAGUGCCAAGUGUACUUUUGUACCUCAAGCCCUACAUUCACUGCUCUGGAUGUCCCCCUCUGGGAAUUUCUCCCAGAAUACUCACUGGGGAUAAAAAGACCUGAUCGAAGGAACAGAAGUCUAUUACAUGUCUAAAUCUCAGACAGGAAGUGGAGUUAGUGAUAAGCAGAAUAACAAGCUCACUUUCCUUUCCUGUCUCAGAGUAGCUGCAGGCAAGUAAGUAUCUGAAUUGCCACCAAGCAGGUGUGGCUGCCCCACGCACUGUGGGGACCAUGUCCCAGCCUGAACUCCACAGCCAGUCUCAGAGCCCUAGGUACAGAGACCCAAGUGAUGUGACCACCUUCUCCCCAUUCAGCUAGAAUUUUGCUUUCUAAAAUACAGGUCCUGGUCGGGACAUUUUCACAUCAUUUGGCUGCAUGCCUCCUGCACACACCAUUCAGGCAGGCCUACAUGGCCAGGAGAGUCAGUCUCCGAUGGCAGGAAGUCCUGAUAGAGGGGUUGACCCAGCAACUCACCAGAGAACCGUUCUUUCCUCCCUGCUCCAUCAGUGGCUCCUCAGAUCGGUGGAGGGAUGGCCAUAGCAAUUCCAGGCAGCUCAUCAAGAAACUAGAACAUUCCAGAGGAAGAUGGAAACCCUGUGGCCCCUGACACAGAGGAAGGUUCUCCUCAGGCAAGCCAGCCAAGAGCAGUGAGGACGGAUGCUGGUGGGAGGAGUAGGGGCAGAGGUAAGGCAGGCCUGCUAGGGCUCUGGCGAGCAAGCAUUGGCCAGGUCAGGAGCCCUACAACUCUGCCCUGGCCAGUGCUGCUAAGUGGUUAGAGCAUCGGCCUGUGCAUCGAAAGGUCACGGGUUUGAUGUCAGGUCAAGGUCAGGUACUUGGAUUUUAGGUUCCAUCCCUGGCCCGGUUGGGGAGCAUGCAGAAGGCAACCAAUCUAUGUCUCUCCCCCACUCCCCUCCCCUCCCUCUCUGUCCAUUCCAUGCUCUAAAAAAAAAAAAAAUCAAUGGAAAAUAUAUUCUUGGGUGUAGAAAUCAGCUUUGCUGGGCCAGGCCACAUGACAGUAGCUCUGGUGUAUGUAUGAUCCACCUACUCAGGUUUUGUAAUUAAUUCUGUUUGAAGUGUACAGCCUCAACAUAGAAGUAACUUUUUUAGGCACAUAAUUUGUGAUUUUGUGAAUUUUUUCAUUUAAAUAGUAUCGUAGUAAAAGUGGUAUUGGAAAUAAUUUUGCGAAAUAAAGGCCACUUGGGGGUGUUUGGGCGAUGCAA